UAAACAAACCCCUGAGGAGUAGCAUCGAGUGAGGCUGCAGCCAUGUUUCAGUUAGACACAGAAAGUCAAGCUUACGGUCAACGAGGAGAUCCCGCAAAAAAAAAAAAAAAAAUGUCCCUUACGCGUGAGUGAGCGGAUGUUGAAAAGACCAAAGCUGGCAGUAGUGGUGCUGAGUUUGUCAGCCGUGUUAGCCGUACCUAGCUAGGCGGGCUAACACACUGUGAUCAGCUGGGCGACCGGUGUUCAUCGGUGGCCGUGGAGUAGUGGACCAGAAUGACUUGAUGGAGUUGUAUUUGUUGUAGGGAAAGUUCCGACGGGAGCCACGGUGGAUGUAUUCCCGUCGAGGCAGAUGUAAGCGGAGCAGAGCUACUGAUGCAUGAUGAACACAAGACAGGACGGUCCACACAUGAUUAAACCACAUAGUUGACAAAGGCUGUGGCAGCGUCGGAGGCAGCAGGCAGGCUAAUCUUUGCCUAAACACACACUCAAACGUGGAUGGUUCCUUUGAUGCGAGACAAGGUCAGGCCCUCGGUCUGUCCUGCAGGGACAGGGUCUUUAAAAUGGAGGAGCCUGACACUUCUAAAUCAGUGCUGGAACUUCAACAGACAAACCAGCAGCACGGAGGGACAUCACGGAGGUUUCUUUUGGUAAACAGAUUUGCUCUUUGCACAUCCCAAACUUUUAGAUCAUCACAUUUUCUGUCAAGAGUAACUCAGCAUCCACCGGCUUCAUCAGAGCCGGCUCUAGCCAUUGUGCCAGAGGUGGGGUAUUUGAAGGGGGUUUACUGCAAACAGCCCUUGUGGUGCUGCUGCAACAGUGGAGGUCUGUCACAGAGGACUCUCACACCACAACACUGAAGGUGUGAACUGAACAGAGAGUGUGACCAUGUGACAGGAACCUUUGCUUUUGUUCUUGUUUUUACAUUAAAUAUAACAAAGUAAAAAAGCUUCCUUUUCUUUUUCUUUUUUUGUCAAAGACGUGUUAAAACAUUUAUUAUAAUUUCCAGUCAAAGGCAAAGAGAUGUUUCAAUAUUGGUAACAAAAAAGUUGAGCUCACACAUGACAGCACAUAUCCUGUGGCAUUGACUUAAAAAAAAUCACCUGAGACAAGGAAAUCCUGUCUGUGCAACUCUACAUCUUUGAUACAGACAGAGUGAGGUCAGACCCUGAGAAGACAAGAUGGAUGCUUUGAAAUGGCCUCUGUUCUUUCUGUGGUUCUGCGUUAAAGUUGUUCAUCAGACUGAAGGCUCGUCUUGGACCAUCAACCUGCCUUCCUCAGUAAAAGGUCUCCCCGGAUACUGUGUGGUGAUUCCCUGCUCAUUUAACUACCCAGACCUCGAGAGGAAUAUCACUAAAUACACUGGGAUUUGGAUGGAGCAAACAAGUCAUGCCAUCUAUCACCCAGUUGAGUCAGAAAUUCUGCAGGACUAUCGGAGUCGGACAGAGCUGCUGGGAGACGUCACACAGAAGAACUGUUCACUGAAGAUCGAUCCCCUCAAACAAAGUGACCAAGGGCCUUUUUUUUUCAGGAUUGAUUUGGAAAACUAUGACAAGUUUUCUUACAAAGAAAAGACAGUCACCAUUACAAUGAUUAGUAAACUAGAAAUCGAUAUUUCUAUGCAAGAGGAAGUAGUGGAGGGUCAAACUGUUCAGGCGUCCUGCUCUGUGUCUCCCAUCUGUCCCACCUCUCCCCCUGUCUUCAGCUGGAGUCACUCUGGAAAGCAGCAUUCACAUUCACAGCAGCUUGGAGAUGGUCAGUGGGUGUCAACAGCUACUCUGACCUUUCACCCUACCAGACCUGAUCACAACAAGCCUUUACUAUGCACUGUGAGAUACAAGGGAGGGCAGCAGGAAAUAUCCAAAGUCCUCAAAGUAAAUUAUGCCCCUGAGAUUCAGGAUGUCUCCUCCUGCUCCUUACAUGGGGAUGUGGUAAAGUGUAUGUGCUUUGUGACGUCCUGGCCUCCCAGCAUGGUCUAUUUUGUGCUUUCUGACAAAGUCCUGCCUGUCACCACGAUAAAGGGACACGGCACGGUUACCAUUGGGACAGUCCAGGUGGACUUUGGAUCUUCUGAGUUUGUCCGCUGUCUGGCAAACAACACAGUGGGCAAUGCCAGCAUCUCACUCUCUUUACCUGUCAAUGGUAAGAUGCAGAAUCUGUACAUCGCCGUCGGAGCAGGUGUGGGUUUGGUGAUACUUUUAAUAACAGUGGGAUUUGUUAUAAAAUGUAGGCGGACACCUGGAAACACGGCAACACCUCACAUGAGUGCUAUGGAGGCAACCAAAGCUGAAGAGCGCUCCCAGUGUGCUACGAUGAAAAGAAAACAGAUGGACUGCGAUGAUGAAAAGUAUCAGUAUCAUACCACUGAUCACAUAUACGGCAACAUGGAGACUGACUUGGAUGAUGCUAUAUAUGCCAAUAUGUAACAUCGUUGAAUCCACUGGUGCAGCUGCAGAUCUUCAUGUUGUCCAGAUGAUGUGGGUCAAGACAGUGGUGAAAAAAUAAAUAAAUAAAUACGGCUGUACCUGCUAUUUCCUGUAUUCUGUUAUGACACAAGUGUUAUUUUUGUGCAUGCUGCAGUUCACAUACUACUUUUUCCAAAGAAAGUUGCUCAUGUCUUAAAAUGACUUUAAAUGCACUUGUGUUUGCAGUUAUGCUUUUGAACUUUUCCUGACUUUUUAUAACAAUAAUAUAUCAUGUGUUGUGAUUAAUUAUCAUUAAAUUCCUGUAAUCGUUUGCUCGUAAACAUGUUUGAGAACUUUU